UAUUCACUAUGGCCGCAGAUCACCAGAACCCUGCAUCCAAGCAGCAGCAGCCAGGCACCAGUGCAUUUAAGCUGGUUAUCUAUGAACAGGAAAACUUCCAGGGACGCUGCCAUGAGCUGACGGGUCCCUGCAACAACGUCCAGGAAGCAGGCGUGGAGAAAGUGGGCUCCAUACUGGUGCUGUGUGGACCAUGGGUGGGAUACGAGCAGGCCAACUGUAAGGGGGAGCAGUAUGUGUAUGAGAAGGGGGAGUAUCCUCGCUGGGAUUCCUGGACCAACAGCAGGCGCAGUGACACCAUUCUUGCUUUCCGCCCGAUUAAAGUGGACAGCCAGGAUCACAAGAUUGUCCUUUACGAGAACCCCAGCUUUGCAGGGAAGAAGAUAGAAAUCAUAGAUGAUGAUGUCCCCAGCUUUCACGCACACGGCUACCAGGAGAAGGUCUCCUCUGUCCGGGUGCAGAGUGGCACUUGGGUGGGAUAUCAGUAUCCAGGCUACAGAGGCUAUCAGUACCUGUUUGAGAAGGGGGAGUAUAAGGACAGCUCUGAGUUCGGAGCCCAGAUCCCUCAGAUCCAGUCUGUCCGGCGCGUCAGAGACAUGCAGUGGCAUCAGAGGGGUGCUUUCAAACCCGUCAACUAAGCUUGUGACUCUUUCCUGUCAUUGAAUCUGAAACUUGCAGCCUUGCUCCCUCCCAGCAUCACACCCCCCCCCCCCCCUUUGUCCUUCAUUUACACCUUAAAGCAUUUUGAUAUCUAUUGCAGCUGUUGCAGUAGUGACGUUCUU